AUAAAUGCAACUAACAUGCCUCUAAUCGCUUUCUAAUAAGAUAUUGAUGCUAUUCACUUAGGCUGAAUCAAAUUACUAAGCCGGCCCGGCAGAAUAAUUUGCCGCUCAAUUUUCUCAGCACGUGACCGAGGCCGGUGCAUGUCGGCUACCCGAGUUUGAGGUCGGAAGCAAUUCUCGUUGACGACGACCCUGUGCCAAAGCAAUUGCACUCUCAAUUGAGCCCGCAAACCCCCAUCAUGAACUCCUUCCGCAUCGCCCGUGCAGCUCUUCGGGCGCGCCCGGCAGCCAUCCGUGUCCCUCUGCAGAGAAGAGGCUAUGCCGAGGCCAUUCCCGACAAGAUCAAGCUGAGCUUGUCCCUCCCGCACCAGACAAUCUACAAGUCCCAGGAUGUCGUCCAGGUCAACAUCCCCGCCGAGUCCGGAGAGAUGGGUGUCCUUGCGAACCACGUCCCGUCGAUUGAGCAGCUGAAGCCCGGCGUCGUCGAGGUCGUCGAGGAGAACGGCGGCAGCAAGCAGUUCUUCCUUUCCGGGGGCUUCGCCGUCGUGCAGCCCAACUCGCAUAUGAGCAUCAACGCCGUCGAGGGCUACUCGCUGGAGGACUUCAGCGCGGAGGCCGUCCGGUCUCAGAUCUCGGAGGCGCAGAAGGUCGCCAAUGGCAGCGGCAGUGAGCAGGACAUUGCUGAGGCGAAGAUUGAGUUAGAGGUCCUCGAGAGCCUGCAGGCCGUCCUGAAAUAGUUGUAUAGCACCUGAACAACCGUUGUAGUAUACUCCCCUACCUGAAGACUGGCCUAUUUCAGCAGAAGCCAAAGAAGGGAACUCGAGCCAAGUGUAUAGAGCCCUCGUUAAAACUACCGUUCCACUGUGUCCCUGAAUGCUUGCUUGCCUUACGAAUUUCUUGGUGCUUGUUGAUAUUUGAUGUGGAUGAGUUAUACACCCAGUUGCGCCGUGCAUAUGUCAUAGUCUCUCCUCUCCCUCCCCUUCAUUGUACGUAACCCCAGGACCGGCCUCGAGACGAGGGUAGACUCAUGCGUCCAUUGAGGCGGUCCGAUCUUUCUACGGCCUACAUGGAUGGCGGCCAUCCCGCCUUGUACAUACAUUGUAUAGCCAAGUUGACAUUGAAAGUCUACCAGUAGAUGGAGCUUCACUCUUCGGAUGUACGAGAGAGUGUGUCAAAAUAAGAACCAUAACCAUCG